AUGCCUCCUAAGAUCGAGGAACUUCCUCCGAAAGUGGAGAAUGUGUCCAAGUCCAAGAAAAAGAAUCCGUUUGCUACACCAAAAAAGACAACUGUUCGCAGGAACGCUCUGGAAGUCUAUCCCACCCACAAAGGUUUGAACAAACUACAAUACAUAGGUGAUAAACCUAUAGACCUUCUAUUCCAUGACCUCGAAGUAAAACUCGAAGGAAAUUACCAAGAUCUCACUAUUGAUGUGUUAUACCAACGUCUUAUUCAGGUGAAAGUGGAGGAAGCCGAUGAUGUAGACUAUAUGAAGAGAUUCCAAGUCUUGGAAUAUUUACUUGACAAAUUGAUUGAAAUCCAGAAUUUAUCAAACGAGAACGAUCUCAAAGACAAGAAUUUGAUAAAAAUCUCACUUCAUGAUAUACGAACCUUCAGCAAGGUUGUGAAUUUGAUUAUUGUGCAUGGUGUCUAUCCUGCUAUUACUGCGUUUAAAAUUGGGAUACCGUUUGAAAAGAGAAGGUUGAACCAUUUCAAUGUCAGCAUGGGCAAGAACCCGGUAAAAAUCGAUAAAAUACCUAUAAAUUCGAAGCUGUCGACUCCAUUUGAACGUAUACAGAAACUAUUGAUGUUGAUGUAUACCAAAUUGUACGUGGUCUUUCAAGUACAAUCGGACGUCAAGGACUUGCUUAGCAAAGGUACUGGAAUAUCAGACUUUCUCACUAUUGCAAUUACAUUGAUCACAGUUCCAUAUUUUUCGAAAGAUGUGAUAGCGAAGGUUCUUUCUGAUUUUCCUAACAUCAUAAAAUUAGUAGAAACAUACGAAUUGUACCAGACAUAUACACUUCUUUUAUCGACGCAGUCACCUUCAUACUUUAAGCUGUUUGUGAUGCAGAAACUUCUGACCAUCCACUACGAUACACCCACUGGAGUGUUAACUCUCAUUGAAUUCGUUCUUGGAUUACGUGAUAAUGACGAAAUAGAAGUGGAAAAGUACGAACAUGUGUCGAAUGUAGUCUUGCUGAAGCCGAAGAGCAUAUCCACGGUAGAUUACUUUACAAACAUUGGGAACCAAUGCUAUAAUCUUCUUGUAAAUAUUAACAGACCAAUGGUUACCAGCUGUGUGGUUUUCAUCUUGGAGAAUCUCUGGAAUCGGAACCAAAUGGUCACCAGAGACUUCUUCUUGAAACGGAUUUGGAACAAUUUCAGCCCACCAAACAGCAAUUCAGACGAGAUAUUGGUUACUGAAGCUCAACUCAACAAUAAUGUCAAUGUGUUGAUUUCAUUGACCAAGAAGGGCUUACCGGUGGAGUUGUUGAAGGUGGUUUUUGAGCCAAUUAUUCUUUCAGUGUGGUCAUACUUGAAUUUCCUUAAGAAAAAUAAAAAGUCCACUGAAAUCAUAAGUGGUAUACUUGUAAGUUACUUCACGAUGGUAAAAGACUCAGAAAUAGAAACAAAGGACGUUUAUGGGUUGGAUGCAAUCGCAAAGAAUUUAUUGUACGAUGCUGAAGAUCACGAAUUUGCCAUUGGUCCGAAUGAAUUAGUACAGAUUCAGAGAAAACAGAGGAAAAUUGAAAAUUCAAGCAAGGACCAAAAAGUGAACAUGUUUAUUUCUGAACUAGACAUAAGUUGUGAAAAUUUUGUGGCUCUUUUGGAUAAUUUGGAUGACGAUUUAGUUCAAGCUAUAUUCCUCAGUACUCUCAAGCGGUGGUUACGUAGCGGAGACAGUUCAAAUGGCAACGAAAACCCCUUUAUUGUUCUUAUUGAUUUACGAUUGCUUGAGUCCAUUGGAAACAAAUUCAAGGAUAGUUUGGCCAAGACUCCAUUCGAAGUACUUCAGAUAGUGCAAAACUUUUUAUCUCCCCAGGCAAGAGAAAAGUUGCAAGUUGAACAUGUCAACUUGGUUUCACAGAGCGGUGAUGUGGAUUCAGAUGACGAGGAUGAUUUUGAUGAAAAUGUCGAGGCUCAAGCACUUCCAAUAGUGUUGGAGCUUUUGUCAGCAAUUCUUUCCGAGACUGAAGUUUCUUUGGACGAGAAGUCAUUCGAAAGUUUGCGCGCUAUUCAGAAGUCGUUGGCAAGACUCUCGGCUACAGAUGUUCCAUCUAGUAUCAAAAGUGCGUCGACUUCACUCAACGAAAGAAUCGAUGACUUAUUGAACGGAGACAUACCAGUUCAGAGUGAAGAGGAAGCUGAAAAGGCUGACCUAAAGCGUGCAGUCACCAGUCUCAACGAUCCGCUAGUCCCAAUUAGAGCUCAUGGGCUCUAUUUGCUUAGGCAACUUAUUGCAAAUAGGAGUAGCGUGAUAUCUCUCGAGUUUGUAGUGGAUUUGCAUUUGGUUCAAUUAAAAGAUCCUGAUCCCUUCAUCUUCUUGAACGUCAUAAAAGGACUUGAGAAUUUGAUUGAGUGGGACGAGAAGCGUAUGCUUCUGAUUUUGUGUGUUUUGUACUUGAAUGAGUCCAAAGAAACCGAUCUUGACGAGAGAUUAAAAAUAGGAGAGGUUUUGUUGAGAUACAUACAAGGUGCCAACGAGAUGUUUUCCGGAGAGUCUGCAAAGAGAAUUGUCAGUACGGCAUUACACUUGAUAAGAAGAAAAGUACCCGAGGAAGAAAAUGAAGACAACCGAUUGAGAAUGUCUAGUAUGUCGUUGUUGGGUACUUGUUGUAAGGUCAAUCCACUUGGUAUUGUUGACCAAUUAGAGAAUGCAUUGGACUGCGCACUUGGAAUUUUACAAUUUGAAACUGAUAAGGAUAGUGCCAUCAUGCGUCGUGCUGGUAUAGUAUUGAUCCACGAUUUGAUAAUUGGUACUUCCAACCAAAAGGAAGUACCAUUUCCGGAAAGUUAUAGAUUCAAAGUGGUCAAUACUUUGCGCUACGUUAAAGAUACUGACAAUGAUAUUUUGGCUAGAGAGCAGGCAGAGACGGUGUUGGAUUCUAUAGAGGAAUUGUCCAGUCUUGCCUUUGAGCAGCUCGAAGAAGACAGUGAAGAUCAGUUCAAGUCCAUGAGAGUAUAG